UUGUCCUUUGACUUUUCAAAAUAAAUGCUUUAUACUAUUCAACGAUAGAUUUUUCUUAUAUUUUCUCAUCUGGACUUAUUUUUACAGCUUAGACCAUCUUCACCAAUUUAUCUCAAGGUCUCUGUUGAUUUCUCUGCACAUUAUUUACGCCAAGGAAGUAGGAUACAAAGCCAUUUUACAAACCCAUUAUUUUUUAUUGAUUAUUUAAUUAUUCUAUCACAUUGGUGUCUCAUAAUUCAUCUUUUUAUCGUUGUUGCCUAAACCAUUCAGAUUUUUUUCUGGCGGUAAAAGUCAACUAUUGAUGAAUUGUGCACAGUAUGUCAUUCUACCAUUAGGUGACACUGUUGAAGUUCUUCGUGUUGUCAUUCAUGACUUUAAAAACAGCGGUGUCAAGCACACUUCAAAAAUACCGGAAACUCAUAUGAUUUAAAAAGUAAAACCAAAGUGUCUGGUCCCUCCAUACAAAACAAAUGACAGUUAUCGCUUAAAAAUCUUAAAGUUGUAGAACAUGAUAUAAAAUGAAUCUAAAACUUAUAAAAAAUCCGAAACUUUUUUUAAUUCAAAAUGCAAAUACCUGCUAAUUCUUAAAGACCCCCACCCACUGCAUUCAACAUACUCAAAUGCAUAUUUCUUGUAAAAAGUUGUGUAAACCACAAAGUGUUUGGACUUAGAUUACGUAUUGGCUAAGUACUUGUGUAAAGAUAGUCCCUAUACAAGGCAAGGCAAGGCAUCUUUAGUUAUAUAGUGCAUUUCAUACCAAGGCGACUCAAUGUGCUUUACAUAAAAACAAAACUUUUUUUAGAAGAACAGCAUACAAAAAAAAAAAAAAGUUAAAAGCAGGAGCAAAAGAUAAAGUUUAAAAUUAUUAAAAAGAGCUCAGCCAUAAGCACAUGAAAAGAGAAAUGUUUUUAACCUGGAUUUAAAAGUGCUUACAGUUGGGGCUGAUUUCAGUUCUGCUGGUAGUUUGUUCCAGUCGUGUGCAGCAUAACAGCUAAAUGCUGGUUCAUCAUGUCAGUCCACCACUUUCUGACCCAGUAGAUCUCAGAGCUCUAGUGGGUUUAUACUCUACAAACAUAUCAUUGAUUUAUACUGGACCAAAACCAUUUAGAGAUUUGUAAACCAGUGGCAGAACUUUAAAAUCUAUUCUUUAGCUCAGUGGUUCUCAUGUCAAGUCCUCGAGGCCCACUGUCCUGCAUGCUCGUUAUCAAGCUCUGUAAUGGCUUACAGAGCUUGACUUGAGAACCACUACUUUAGCUAAAUGGGAGACAGUGUAAGGUCUUAAGAACUGGGGUGAUGUGAUCUGAUCUCUUUGUUCUGGUUAAAAAUAAAGCACAUCCCAAUAAAGUUUUGGUUUCAAUAAAUAAAGCACAUUACAAGUGUCUAUAAAACUUUUCGUGUUAAAAUUGUCUCCGCUAACUAGUAUAAAACCACAGACUGUAUAACAGAGAUUGAAGCACAGGUGAUUAAUUGGCGAUGUUGGGUUCGCAGCUGUGCAAAGUCAACAAAUGCUUCACUCGGAAGGGUCAUGAUAACGUCAUACUAAAUAACUAAUGACUCGUUUAAUAAUACUAAUACUAAUAAUAAUAACUUUAUUUGUAUAGCACUUUUAAAAAACAGAAGUUUACAAAGUGCUUUGACAUGUAGUCAUAGAUCACAUGGGAAAAGACAGAUAAAAACAAAAAGCUCAAUUAAAACAGAAUUGAAGGCCAUUUUCAUGUCAUAAGGAACCCGGACAAUACAAGAACCACGCAGCGAAAAAUGAGACCAUGAGGACCAAAUAAAAACAUAAGAUAGUGAUGAAAAAAGGAAAAUGAAAUUAAAAGGUGGGUCGAAGCGGGAACAGGAUAGUAAAUAUAAAAAGCAAUAUCAACAAUGAUAAUAAAAUAACAGGUAAUACUGAUAAUAAUAGCAAUUAAAAUAGAGCAACAGAAAUGAGCAACAGAUAAAACAAUAAAAAGCCUAAAAGGGUACAAGUAUAACAAAAGCUAAAAAGACAGUAAAACCGAAAUAAAACAGAGGUAAAAGAGAUAAGAGAUGACAGAUAAAAGAGUUUAUUAAUGAUAAAUUCAAGAAGAAGGAAGAAAUGUAAACUAACCAUUCAAAGUAAGCUGUUAGAUUGAAUUCAAACCUUGUUACGUUUGUGUCGUCUGUGUUUUUACUUUGAAAAGCAGUACCGGAAACUGUGCUGCGUACAGCGUUUAUGUUUGGUAGACGUUGCAGUUGAGCGAUCCCGUGACAAAUUUCAUUGGAACUUUCUACGGUUAGGAAAGACUGAUGUUUCCUGCUUCUCUGACUUGACAGACGCUGACGGGUAGCAAGAAAAUACAUUUCGGCUUUGGAGUUUGAGGAUUUAUCCUUAAAGAAGAGAGAAAAUGUUCAAUUAAGUGGCGGUUUCGGAGUUGUGGAGUCAAACAUCCUCAGUUGGACUGACGGACAUCGAUGAACACCGCAUCAAACUACUGUACGGUACGCGAUGUUCAUGUAAACGCCACCGUGUUCCCGGUUUGAUAAUGAAACUCAGGCUGACUACCUGUAUCUAGUUUAAAUGUAAGUUUGAAGUUAAGUUUAGGGUUUGUGUUCCCUAUUACAUAACAUUAACUUUUUUUCUUAUCGGAAACAACAGUUAACGGAAGUUUAACUGACGCUGACUAACUAGUUUACCUCUGUUUUGGUAAAUAAAACGGCAUUAUGUGUUAUGUAUGGCUCAAAUUUUGCUGUGGUUCUACAUACAUACUAGAGCUUGUACGAACAUGUCAAAUCUUCCGUGUCGUUUAUGUGCGUGGGUGUCGGUGUGUGUGUGCGUGUGUGUGUGCUCCCCCACCUCUCUUCAGAUGGGGAAGGUAUGCUUUCUUCCCAUAAUACACGUGAUGUGGGCUGAGAUUUUGAGGUUGUCCUGGUGUUGGUACUCACGUAGCCUGAGGUGAAAAUAACUCCGAUCUUGCCAAACGGCUUAUUGUCAGUAAUGAAACAAAAGUAGAUGAGGCUUUCAGUAAUACUGUGUUCCGAGGACAUGAUGUCCACCCCCAUGUUAAUGUUUUCUCACUGUAGACAUCUUGCCUCAGAGCUGUCAUCAUGAAUACCCACUUUGAGUGUUGAUAUGGCUGUGUAUUACUGACAGUUGACCACCAUUUCACAGAGAAACACAUUCAUUUCCUCUUUUGAUAAAAAAAAUACUAUUAAAGCCCGAAGUGUCUGUACAUUUUAUUUACUUUUCCCUGUGCCCAUAACUUUAAAAUUCUUUAAAUCUUACAGACAGUUAAUCCUAAAUCACAUCCCCAAAGAUUUAAAAGUAAAAAAAAACAACAAACAAACAGAAAUUAACCUCACUGAGCCCAGCAGUGUGAGCAGUAGCAGCAUGGUCAGGCCUAUAGCUAUACUGUUGUUUUGUUUUCGUUUUAUUACAAGAGAGCAAGGUUUGUUAUCGUAAUGAAAUUUAGUAAUAAAGUCCUGAUCAUCUGGACUGUCUAUCACAGGAAAAUGAAUAAAAUGUAUGGAUGCAUGUCCGAUUUGGUUAAAAGGAAAUUGGUAAAUCUCAUGACAAGAGAGAAACUUGUCUCCAAAACCCUUCAUCCAGCUUUCCCACGACAAAAUCUUGACUUUGUUAUAGGAUUGGGCGAUUAUAUGAUCGGGAUUAAUGAUCGCGAUAAAUUUCCGAUCACGGUGAUCAGCUGUGAGCUUAUAUACUCGAUCAAUCUUGGCGAAAAUGUGCAUCACAACAGCCAAUCAAAGUCGAGCUUUUCCUGCUCACUUCUGUAAGUUGCUGGACAAGUAAACAGAGUAACCGAACGUGGAGCUGAGGGCAGUAAAAUAUGUGUCAGCCAUGACUUUGAGUCACCCUCCAAAGAUGUUAUUGUUGAGAAGAAAAGUUAUUUAAUGUCUUAUUUGGUAUUUAUCUAUUUAUUUUUUAGUUUUAAGUACAGAUGCUUUAAAACUGGCAAUUUAAAAAAAAACUGUGAUAAUUAUCGAGAUCGGAUGAUGACAAAGUAUAUUGUGAUCAUCUUUUUGGCCAAAUCGCCCAGUCCUACUUUGUUACAUCUGCUUUAUUCUGUAAUAAUGUGCCAAAGCCCAGUAGCUGUCAGUUAAGGAAGUGACAGAUGAUCACAAAGGACUUGUUUUUUUGUUGUUGUUGUUGUUUUUGUGUUUUUAAACUGAAAUUUAAAAAGAUGGAUCAAAUAGUCAUACAAAGCACAUAAUUUAUAAGCUUUUUCUUGUGCGCACUUGUGGUGCAGUCACUUCUUCGCUCCAACCUUGUAAUUUUGACUGUGAACAAGCUGUCUCUUCAAAGGAAAUCAGCUCCACAGUUUGCACACAGGGGAUGCCUGUGUAACGUCUGGACAGUCAGGUUAGGUAAGGAGUCUGUCCAGAUGCUGAGGUCGGUUGCACGAAAUGCAUAGAGGUUGAGUGAGUUCAUGCCCCUCACACUUCUCCAGCUGCACUUUCUCAGUCAGAGAUCUGUCUGUGCUCUGUGACAACAACAAGACAUCUCGAAACUGAUCCUGCUGAACUCAUACCAAAUGAAACAAAUAUCAUUAACACAUCGGGUAACCAUCAGAGUUUAAACAUUUAAGGCUAAUCAAAAAGACAAUUCUGUGUAUUUAAAAUCAUAGACAGCUCAUCUUUACAAGGGUUUGAACAUACAGCUCACCUGACAUAAGUUACCUCCUUUUCUAGAUCUUUUCUGCUCUUAUUGGUUUUGUUUACCAGCAGCCUGAUUCAGCUUUCACAUCAGAUUUACCAUUGUUGGCUGACUUCUGCUUUGUUUUCUCACUAGCAUUACUUGUCACGCAUGGCAGACACACACACACAGAAAAUGGGUUCCACAUCCUCAUAGGAAAUCCACAGGCUAGUACGUGUGUUUGAGCUCAGCAGGAAGAAUGCUAUUUUUGAUCCUGUGUAGUAGUCUGGCAUAAAUUUGCCAGUCUGCACAAGUCACUUCAUGUUAUGACAUGCAUGCAGAUUCACACUGGGCUUAGAGAAUGUGCUUAUCAUCACUCUUACUUCAAUUUGCCCUCUCCCACUUUCAUUUUGAUGCCCUCAAACAAUUUCUCAGUUUUUGUUGGUGGGUGUGGUGAGCUGCAGCAUUCCGUACGAAGGAGAAGCAUUGUCAGCUAAAAAUGUACGUUGAAGUAAACGUUGUAGCUUACAUUUCCGGCCUUGAACAAAGGUAUUUCUGGAAUGUUAAAAAGCGAGUCCAACGUUUAGAGUCUAUUAACCAUGAAAGCAUGUGCAGAUGUGUGGUGGCUCAGGGAAACAGACCAAGAUUUAAUUGUGAACCAGCAACAGUUCUUUGUAUUUUGUCACUAAGUUUUUGUAGCACAUGACAGAUCUGACUGUUCCCCACAACAAUGGCUGUCGGAGAAGACAAACCUGGUAAUUGCUGCCAUUAUUUUCCAUUUUCAUCUAGCUGGUGUUGGCUUUAAGCUUUAACAGAGGCUGAAAUUCCUUCUAGACUGAACCCAGUUAUUGGACAGAGGUUAUGAAGCCCAACAGUGGUGGUCACUGUGCCAGAAACGUUGACUCCAGUCAACUUGAACACAAGUACAGAGGUGUAACUGAAGUAUUUUUUGCUUCCUGGCAAACAGCCUUUUAUCAUUCAAAUCAACCACACCCUAAAUUACACAACUCUGUAUGUAACCAUGUUCGAACCAACCUUUAAGCAUGUUCAAAUCUGCUGUAAAAGUCGGUAUUUUAACAUUGGAUGUUUCCCUGCUCCAACACACCUGAUCCAAAUGAUCAGCUCGUUAUCAAGCCAUUACAGAGCUUGAUAACGAGCUGAUCAUUUGAAUCAGGUGUGCUGGAGCAGGGAACCAUCCAAAACAUGCAGGAAAGCUGGCCUCAAGGACUUGACUUGAGAACCACUGCUUUAGGAUAUGCAGUCUUGUGCACUCCACAUUGCCUUCAAAAUUCAACACUGGAUGUUGCUGCGUAAUCAAACAAUGGAAGAUUAAUCAGGGAAAGUUUAUAUGAUCUACAGUUCAUCUUAUGUUAUUUAAAAUGAUAAACAGAACUUUUCUUUUUUUCAUUUUGUCUGCAUAUUUCAAUAUAGGAAAAAAAGUGGCUCAUGGCUCUUUUACGUUUGCAACAAGUUUGUUGCUUUUUAACAGUGGAUUGCUCUGAUAUAACACACACCUGUAGCUUUAAUUUUUUUCAACAUUUCAGAAUAGGCUUACACUUAUGACAAAGGACAAUAAUAAUGCAGUCAGUGUCUUUAUGUUUCUUUGUUUUCCAACAGGUGUUGUUCAAAGUGAAACCAAAAGAAGGUUAAAAAAGAGAAAGAAAAAUCGACAUGAGAGACUAGUGAUGAAGAGGGCAUGGAGGUCUCUAUGAAUGCACACAUGCAUUCUAAAGAGGGCCGCUCUUUUUGCCUUACCCUCACCCCUGACGUGAGCAGAAUGAGAUAUCUCUCCAGGAUGCAUUCAAGAUCGAUGCGCAGAGAGAAUUGGUUGACCCUAAGCAGGUUUUCCGUGUGUUGUUAGCAAACAACAGUGAGAGUAAGAGUGGCUGUGCCUAGAAAGUGAAAAACUACUGAACAAACUAGGCUGACCUCACUCACAUUAAACAAUGGGCAAGUCAGAGCGACACACAAAGACCUUUGUUGUAAAAGAAACAGACAUUGCAUAACUCACGGAGAGGAAAAGAGAUAUUCCCACUAAGUGUUCAGCAUUUAGCCUACAAAUACUCAUUUACUUUUUCAUCUGGAGGGAACAGAGCUUUUCCAACUACUGCUGUCUGUAUCUAAGCAAUGGGCUGUAUUUCUCUCUUUGAACAUUGAGGAAGAGCUCUGGGGGUCUCACUCUUAACCUAUUGUGCAACUGAAGCUUCAAAGACUGCUGGAAGUCUAUUUAAAGAUGCCAUUCUACUGACCAGAACCAGGAAGAAUGUCACAGUCACAGCAUGAGUGAUUCAGCUAAUGUUUUGGUCAAUGUGUGAUCUUAAUCAGCAUACAUUUACACUCUAUGUAGAGAUGUGGGCGAUGGAUGCACAGAUAAGAGAAGACUUGUAACUCCCAUGUAAAGGAGUCAUGGUUUAAAAGAGUCAGUAGUUAGUGUGUGAUCUCAGUAUUACCUUUUUAAAUGUCAGAUGAGAGGGAGGAUGAGGCGCUCCUGCUCAGAGGAAGGAUGGAGUUAACUCAGUGCUGGGGGGAGGGAGCCUGCCUGCUGUCAUGUUGCAGCUCACUGACCUUACUGUUGUUGCCUGGGCUCUCUCUCUCGACACAAACUUAAGCUUUCAAGACAGCACAGAGACCACUCGUUGAGAUUUUGAUCAUGGAAAGAAAAGCUUAUUCUUCUUUGACGCAUCUGGUGUUUAAUUAUUUUUGGCAAAUUCCGGUUGAUGGUUUCUGUAGCUGUUCAUUUUCAUCACAUAUAUUUGAGAAAAGAGACACAAUGUUGAUAAUUGUGAUACUGUUACUGCAUGUUAACAGUUGCCUGUUGACAGCUAGGCAGAUUUUCAAAACUAGAUUGGUGGAUGAGCCAAUAUCCUUAACAACAAGAUCCAUAAACUGAAACGUAGACCUAGCAAAAAAAGAGAAGACCACUUUUAAGACCUGAAUAACAGAGCUCUCUGUUCUCUUUCUCCUCAGCAGCAGUGACCCAGGGUGGGGAUGGGUCAGUGGCACACUUGAAGCCUUAUCUUGAGGAGGACACAUUACUCUCUGACCUUACUCCUUUAAAUGCCGAGAGCCCCUAAGAUGGAAGAGCAGAGCAGUCACCCCAGUGUCAGCAUUCCCUGCCACAAUGAGCAGAGGGACAAGAAAAAGCGUUACACAGUAUGUUCAAAAUGGUCUGCCUAUCAUUUAAUUUAUGAUUUAGAGAAAAUGUUACUGCCAUUUGACAGAAAUGACUGUACCAUGCAUCAAAGUUUUUCAUGUCAUUAAAUCAAACUCUUUAUGUGUUUACAUGGACUCUUCUUCUUCCCUCUUCCAGGUUUACAAAGUAAUAGUCAAUGUUGGACAGCUGGAAUGGUUUGUCUUCAGACGUUACGCAGAGUUUGAUAAACUCUACAACAUAGUGAGUGGUUCAAAUGUCAUUUUCAAAGUCAUAGAGCAUAGUCACUCAAUCAGAAUUCUGCUUUAAAGUCUUUGGCUGUGUCCGAAAUGGAUCCCUAACCCCUAUAUAGGCGACUGUAUGGGGGUUAGCACCGAAACUUGAGUGAUCAAUUCCAAUGCCCCAUAUAGGCAACUCGAAUUUUCACUCAGGUGGGCAUCCCGUAAUGCAUUGCAUCAUGCCAUGUAGUGUGCGAAACCUCCGGUAAUUGAGCUCACUACAUAGUCAGCUAUAUAGUGAAACCCCACAUGGGGGUUAGGGGUUAAGUAAUUCAUUUCGGACACUUUGACUCCCUCUUCUUUUAUAACUUACUUUCUUUCUCUGUCACUAGUUUCAUAUGAGCUGUUUAUACUGACACUUGUAAUGGUUAUAUACCUCUGACUGUAGAGAUUUCUUGCUUUUACCUAACUUUCUUUGUUGCUUUCUUAUAUCUUGAUACAGUUAAGGAAACAAUUUCCAUCUAUGAACUUAAAAAUUCCUGCCAAGAGGAUAUUUGGGGACAAUUUUGACCCUGGUAAGACUCAUUUAGCAUUGAGACUGUUUCACAUUUCCUGUUGUGAUUUUGAAAUAACAGUUUUCUGCAUCCGUCCACAGAGUUCAUCAAGCAGAGAAGAGCUGGGCUACAUGAGUUCAUAAAGCGGCUUGUCUCAAAUCCUCAGCUUUGCAACCAGUAAGUGAUGGUAUUAAGAACAAUCCAUGACUAUCAAAAAGAAGCACUUCAAUUGUUUGUUUCCAGAGCUCCAGUUUGUCAAGUAGUUUGCAAAGAUGUUACUCUGCUUUGUCAUGAUUUACCUACUCAAGCUUCUUUGGUGUAACUUCUUGGUCCCUUUCAAACUUUACAGUCCAGAUGUGAGGACCUUCCUCCUGAUGGACAAAAUGCAACAGUUUUCAGACGCCUCGGAGGAUGAGGAUGACAAAGUAAGCAACCAUCCCACCAGUUUUUAUUCAUCACUUGCUCCAUUUAUAGUUUUGAUAGUUCACAACCACAUCUGUACGGUCAGUGUUGAGUAGCUAGGUCCUCCACCUCUGUUUGUGUAAUGACUGGGCUUUUCCACAGAGGUGUUGAUUCAGUCCAGCAUCCUAAGGCGUGGUUCAAACGUCAUAGACUCAAAGUAAACACACACAGUAAACAAGUGUCUCCCGUGUCAUUGUUGUCACACAGAUAAGAGCUAUUCAUGGGCCAGUGAAUAAAUGUUAAGUUUGUUUUUCAGUUUUAGCCUGUGGUUACAUCUCGAAACUAAUCUUGACAAAGUUUCAUCCUUCUUUUCGUUUACAGAACAACUCUACCUCUAGAAACAUUAACCUGGGACCAUCUGGAAACCCACAGUAUGUUCAUCACUCAAAUGCAUCAGAAGAAAAUCAAUAACUUCACAGACAAGGCACCCUUUACUUUAAUCGACCAUGAAAAACUACAUUUGUCUGAUCAUUCAUUGGUACUAUUGUGGAUAUACUCGAACAUGUGCUGCACUUGGGUCCAAAAGUGCAUCAUGUCUUACAACACUGAGUAGAUUCCCACAGUUGUGAAAGUAACGUGAUAAAAUUUCUGUUUCAGUGCCAAGCCUACAGACUUUGACUUUUUGAAAGUCAUAGGAAAGGGAAGUUUUGGGAAGGUAUGUGAACAACACAGCACAGGCAUAUGCUGUCACUUUCCAUUCACCCCCUGUAUAAGAAUUACAGAUGAAAUCAUAGAUCUGUUAGGAUUAAGUAUUGUCUUUAAUGUUGCAUUUUGACAAUAUUAUACUGAAUUGAUUUAUAUAUUCCUGCUAGUCUUGGAUCACAAUAGUAAUGUUUAAAGCCAUCACAUUGGCAUUUCCAAGCAGGAAGUAAGAAUUAAACCAGAACAAUCUCUGUUUUACUCCACUAAUGCAAUGCUCACUCUGCUCUCUCCUCCUUAUGAUGCAGGUUUUCCUUGCAAAACAUAGAAACGAUGCAAAGUAUUAUGCAGUCAAGGUCUUACAGAAAAAAGUCAUUCUCAAUAGAAAAGAGGUAAUUCUCCCAUCAACUAUGACCCUCACACUGUUUUCUUUAUCAAUCAAGCCCUUAUAAUCAUUUAAUAAUUACAUCAUUUCUCUCAAACAGCAAAAACACAUCAUGGCGGAGCGCAAUGUGCUGCUGAAGAACGUGAAACAUCCUUUCCUGGUCGGGCUACAUUAUUCCUUCCAGACAACAGACAAGUUGUACUUCGUCUUGGAUUUCGUCAAUGGAGGAGAAGUGAGUUGUUUCAGUCUUGUGAAUGAGGUGUUCUCGCAGAUAUGAGUCACAAGAAACGUUAAAGAUAGUGGCAACACAGGAAAUGGGCAUCAAAGAAACUCUAAUGAAAGUCUCCUCUGGCAGCACUGUUGCAUUUUAACUCACGUCCAGGUGUGAAAAUCUUGCUGGAGGUCAUAAGACUUUCCAAAACAGCUCCUAGAUGUAACUUCCUCUGUUGAUCUCCUUCAAGUGUGAUCAGCAUUUCAAAGCUGCCUUGUGUGACUGACUGCGUGAGAGUGACUAACUCAAAUCUGUUACCAAGAAAAUCUGACUCAUGCCCUUUUGAAAAAGAUCAGCAACAUGUAAAUGGAUUUAGAUAAAUAUUUAAACUGCCCAGCUUAAAUUACUUGUGUAUUAACCAGAUCAAGGGCUGCCACACAAAGAAAAACGUGAAAGCAGACUUUGACUGUUUGAUUUCCUUAAUAUGCUCCUACAACGCUGUUUAUAUGAUGUGGUACAAUAAUCAACGCUUUCAUUGCAGCUUUUCUUCCAUCUUCAAAAAGAGCGAACCUUUCCAGAGCCAAGAGCAAAAUUCUACAUUGCCGAAAUGGCAAGUGCACUGGGGUACCUGCACUCUCUCAACAUUGUUUACAGGUAUGUUUGCAGAUUCAUUUGAGUAAGCACAUGCCCAGUGUUAAGUUUUAAAAGCUUUCUUGAGGAUCAGAAUAAAAGACAAAGUCCAUCUAUCAGAUUUACAGUCUCCUAAGAAAAUAAAUGACGCUAUAUUUUAAUAUACAUUUACUGUAUUAGACGUUCAUGUCAUCCACUUUAAAAGGCUACAGAGUUAUAAGAGUGAAUAAUAAGCACAUGUUGACCGAUUAAAGCAAUGGUGUGUCUUAUAUAGAUCUCAUCUCAUUAGAUUUCUGUGCCUGGUAUUGUAGGGAUGUCUUUGAAUACAAGUUAUAUUGUACAGCCAGGAUAAUUUUUACAGAGGUUUUGAUUUAAUUCAUUAGAGUCAAUCGAAGACAGUUCAGAAAGAAAACAUUUUCUAGUGGCAAUCUUAAUUUUCAUCUGAAGGAAUGGAAUUCAUUCACUGACUUUAAUUUUUUUCCAGAGACUUGAAGCCAGAAAACAUCCUUCUUGACCACGAAGUGAGUGUUCUUGCGUUUUAACCAAACACAACACUGUUCAAUGUAUGUGCACCCAUGAUAACAGUACUUGCACUCAAUCAAAGAUCAUAAUAUUAACAAAUAAAUCUCAUUCAUCAUCACUCAUAUUUGUCCCUUGGAGAGCAGCAAUAUUGUUCCCUGUCCCAGCUGGACAGAGAGCGUGUGAUUUGAUUAAGUCCCACCAAUGAUUUCCUGCCCAGCCUUAUUGGGAAAGUGAGGGAACGGUGAAUAGGACUGACUGAGCAACGCCACAGCCAACAUUCCUCUGCAACAAUAGAAUCCUCAGUCCCAGAGGAUAAUGAGCUGCUUGUGUGGCACAUGUUGUCUAAAAACAUCUCUGUGUGCUCUCUUUAAAGGGGCACAUCAUUUUGACUGACUUUGGAUUGUGCAAGGAAGGCAUUUCCCAGACAGACACCACCAUGACAUUUUGUGGGACACCUGAGGUAUGAGUUAGACGUUGAUAUAUCCGAUUACUGGAAAUAUUGCACGAGGGUGUUCUAGUGAAGUGACAAAGUAAUAAUCAUUGACAGAGUUUCAGAGUUAAGUGUGGCUAAUCAUUUUUAAAGUAAUGUUCCUUGUCUAGGGGCUAAUGUACUGUAUGUGUAGGAAUAUGAGUCACACUUUCCAAAAGGAAAAUAAGUUUUUACGAGAAAAAACUAUGGAUAUACAUUUGGUUGGUGUAUGUUCAGGCUGUGCAGCAAAUUUUAAAUGUCAUAUUAUUAUGUCUGAUCUUUCCUUCCAGUACUUAGCUCCAGAAGUCCUGAGGAAGCAGCCGUAUGAUAACACAGUAGACUGGUGGUGUCUCGGUUCAGUGCUUUAUGAAAUGCUCUUUGGUCUGGUGAGUUUUAACUCUGAGCUCACAGUUUACAGCGCCUGUUAACUUUUUUUUCUUUUUUGAUCACAGCCCUGACUACUGGUGCUGAAAAAUAUAUUUAGUUUUGACAUGAUGUCAAGCAGUAAAUCUAACGGUUCUUUUGGUGCUGUACAUCAAAGCACCUCUGUGUCGGGUCUCACUCACUUACAUGCCUCUGCUUGUCUUUUUCCUCCUUUAUCCCAGCCGCCAUUCUACAGCAGGGACACACAUGAAAUGUAUGACAACAUCCUCCACAAGCCGUUAGUGAUGCGUCCUGGUGCAUCCAGUACAGCCUGGUCCCUUCUCCAGGGCCUGCUGGAGAAGGACGGCACACACAGACUGGGCUCUAGAGAUGACUUUGUGAGUAGCUUGUGUACACAAUGUCCACGUACAGACAGAACAUACACGUUGAGCUGGAAUGAACAUUUUGAGGCUCCCUCUGGUGGCCAGUGUGGCCUUCAUGUCACAAAUGUCAGGUUUAUUGAUUCCUUUCACUGAAUCAACAUAUUUAUUCAACUUUGUGUCAAUACCCAAUUUUUUUUUUUCUAUAUUUUCAGAAUGAGAUCAAAGCACACUGCUUCUUCUCCUCAAUUAACUGGGAUGACCUCGAGCAGAAGAAGAUUCCUCCCCCAUUUACACCCCAUGUGGUAAUUAUUUGUUUCUUGUCUCAUAAAUAAUGACUUGUUAACUUUUUUAUAGUGGUUUGACUUUAAGGUGACAACAACUGCCAAAUAAAUUAUAGAGCUUAUCUCAUAUUUAUGGAAGACGGCUUAUUCAGAGAAUUCCCUUUACUGUUUUUAUCUUAUUAAAAAAAAACUUUUUGUGCUUGAAUAAAAACCACUUGCAUGGAUCCUUUUAAACCAGGGUGUUUAUUGUUAUCUAGAGUUAGUAACCCUUCUCCCAUAAAAACUUAGUACCUCCACUUGUUGUUGAUGACCUUUACAAAACGGACUGAUACACUAAAUAUGCAGAAUCUGGUCAAAUAAAUCUCAUCUGAAAUCCUCAUCUGCUUUAAGUAUAGUUUCUUGGGUAGGGCCAUUUUAUCAUUAUUGUACAUAAAACAGUGGGAAAUAAGAACCUUAUCUAGGGUCAAAAGCUUUACUUUUUGUCAUUAAACAGAGUUCUUAUGUUUGCUAAUAUCACCUGUAUUUUUGUCCCCUCUUUCACUGAUGUUUUUGUAGAGCUCUUACUGUGAUAUCUCAAACUUUGAUCCUGAGUUCACCGACGAGAUGGUCCCCAACUCUGUCUGCUGGUCUCAAGAUCACUCCAUCGUCAAUGCCAGUGUAAUGGAGGCCGACGAUGCCUUUGUUGGUUUCUCCUAUGCCCCACCUUCUGACGACUCUUUCCUAUGAAACAUUCCCAGCGUGAUCUUCACUUGCCUUAACCAUCAUAACUUCUUUUGACUAAAGGGAAGAACUUGUACCAUGGAUGAACUUGUUCGAUGAAGCCAAAGCAAGCAGCUGAGAGGACGCAGCACUUACAUGGAUCAUGGAUGGAACAACUUGUGCCAGAAAAGUCUUUAUAUUUUACCAUUUUGUAUUUAUAUAAAUAUAUAAAUAAUGAAAUAACAGAUGAUAUUUUUAAGAAUGAAAGACAGCCUUCCUCUGUAAUUUCCGGUGGUGUUUAAUUGAGCCUUUAACUUUAAAGCCUUAUAAUUAUCCCUGAAAUAAAAUCAACAUAGUUUUCUGAAAAACUUGAAAAUUUCCCUGGACUUGCAAUCACACAUUCAUCACAGAUUAAAGUGUGUUAGUCCAUGUAAUUAUUACACAAUAUGUAAUUAAUGUAUCAUAUACAUUUAACUAAACUGGAAAUGGGGAACUACUUGAAAGAUCACUAAGCAGAGCAUUAUGGUUUGUAGGUCACGUCUGUACAAAAUAGUCUUCUACAGUUGUCUUGUGGAUUUUUUUUACUAUGAGUUUGUGUUUUUUUUUUUUCUUUUUUCUAUUCAUUUCUUUGAUACAUUUAAAGAACUUGUAAAUCCACAAUGCCUUGCUUUGCCUUGCAUUUUAACAGGCCUGUACUCCAGCACAGUAAUAAAAAUAUCAAAGAAAAGUACGCUGGGUAAAGUCUGUUUACUCUGGCGUAAAAAUAUAUGUUUAAA